AAAGUAUUGAUAAUAACACUAUUCGUUCAGAACAUUCGGAAUCAUCUUACUUGGAGUUACCAGAGAGAGAGGCUCUUCGUGCUAGCGACGAGGAAGGAACUUCUACCGAAAAUUUAAAUGCAUAGUGCAUCAGCCUGUGGCCUCUGCUGAUGCACUAGAACUUGGCCAGUCUUCACCAUUUAUAUCUCUGUUGCAGUCAGUACAAAAUCGCCGGAGAAACAUGACACGCAGCUGCGGCAUGCGUUACAGUAACGUCGAAAGGGAAAUUUUUUUUAUAUGAAUUCAUGCAACAAGGCCCGGAGGGUUACAAUUUCUUAUAUGCGAAUACACCAUGCCCAAGCAUUAGAACAUUGCAACGUGACUUACAGAAAAGAUCAAAAUCUAUCGAAGAAGGCAUUGUUAGAGUUGAGGAGCUUAAGGCAUAUAUAAUAAGAAAUAAUCUACCAAUGAUUGUAAUAAUGAGUGAAGAUGCAACGAAGAUCAACGGAGCUCUCGAAUAUGAUUCUACUAGAAAUAAAGUUUGCGGAUUGGUAGCUCCUUUAGACAACAACGGAAUGCCACAAUGUGAUUUAUUUGAAAUUACUAACCCUCGAAAACUCAUUGCUGAUGUUCAUCAAUAUCCCAUAGGACGUAAUGUUGUGGUUACUAUGACUCAGCCGUUAAAACAAAAAACUGCACCUUUCUGUUUGCAAUAUUUUUGUACAGAUAACAAAUUCACUAGUAGUCAAGUACGAACCAGAUGGAAUUCGAUAAAAACUAAACUGCUUAAUGCUGGUAUAGGGGUUAUAGCCACAUCAACUGACGGCGAUCCACGGUAUGUAACCGCAAUGAUGGAAGAUAUGCGUAUGCCAACAAUCACUGACAAUCCUUACGGGGAAUACUUUAUUGCGUCAUGUUCAGCUGAAAAUAUAUGCGUGCAGGAUCCUACUCAUACUAUUAAUAAAUUUAGAACUCGGUUAAUGCGACGUGACAAACAACUUAUCAUUGGUAAACAUCAAAUAACACGUACACACCUGGAAGAUCUCAUUCGUAACGUAUCAAAAGAUAAACAUGGUCUGAUAUUGGGUGAUUUAAACGAAGACGAUAAAAUGAAAUUCCAACCCGUUCUGAAAAUUAUUAAACCAGAGGUACUGCUCUGCAUGGAACAGUCAGUAACAUCAAGCCAAGCAACUGUUUUGUAUUUAUCAUUGAUGAAAUUCAUUCUAUCGGCGUUUAUGGAUCCAUGUAUAUCACCAACAGAGGCUGUUUUCAAUUGCUGGUAUACGCUGUUUGUAAUAAGAGCUUGGAGAAAAUGGUGCAUGAAUAAAUUUAAAACAGUUAAACAUUGUAUUACAAGCAAUACAUAUUGGUGUUUGGAACUAAAUGCUCACAGCCUUGUAAAAUAUAUCAACAUUUGUCGAGAUGAAAACAUACCAUAUAUACCUACACUUUUGCACAGUCAGACAUGCGAAAGUUUUUUUCGUGCAGCACGAUCGUUUACAACAACUGAAUCGACAGUGGUUAAUUUCACUAUGAAAAGUUUUCAAUCCAGACUGAAUCGCAUACAAGCAAAACAAGAUAUUAUGUAUAGCAGGACUGAAGAAUUUUCCUUCCCGAGAAUACAACAAAAUACAAAUACUGUAAACUUCGACAUGCCAUCAACUCAAGAAAUUGUAUGUACUUUAACGAAAGCAAGAGCAUAUGCAUUUGAUACUCUUAUCAGUCUUGGAAUUGAUAAAUUGGAUAUCGAAUUUACAGAUUCUCUUUCACUGCGACAUUCGCGAACAAAACCAACUGAUUUUGAAUUCAUUUCUCUACAAUGCUCCGGAAAUAGUGCAAUUGAACGAAACUUUGAAGCGUUAGAUAUAAACGAUGUGGAAGAACUAAUCCCUAAUUCUGGAGGAGAGUUGAAUUUGAAGAAUUCGAAAUGCUCAACAAGACAUACAUUCGCUAUUAGAAACAAGAAAGGUACUGUGAUUCAUGUCAAGAAAAGUACGUUCCUAUGGAUUUUAUCUAAUGGCACUCAAAGAUGCUCGAGUGAUCGCUCUUAUCGAUUUCGAGAAACAUCGGCAGUCAAUGAAGCAGUUGUGCGUGAGGUUAAUAAAGUAUUUACUUCAAUCCGCUGCGGAGAAUGGAUAGCGAUGAAAGCAAACGAAGAAGUGUUCAUAGUAAAAAUAUAUGGUUUCAAAUAUUUGAGUGGAGACCGAACGUCGUAUACUUUAACUGAAGCUCCAAUACAUGUACCUACAGGUACCACCGCAAAAGGUGUUGGGGUAAUUGGAAAUUACUUUACAAUUGUUUGUUGUAAAAAGGAUAUUGUAUUAGAAUUAGAUGAAGAAUCCAACGAACGUACUCUAGACACAAAAUACUAUAUCUCUCAUUUGGAAAAGCCAGAAACUCACACUUAUGGCAUAUUUUAUAAAUUAAACACAUCGAAAUACAUUCGUGCACUUUUAUUGGCUUCUGCUAAUACAAUAAAUAAAAAUAUGAUUUGA